CUUACGACCCCACUUGCAUCCUUCAUGAUGAAUCCAGACUCGCGCAGAGGCGUGUUUCCGCACCCCCGCACAUCGUCCACCAACUCCUCGGGCUCUUCUGAGGAAGCGUAUGAGACUGAAACUACACCUGAGAUACCCGUCGCGGUCAGACCUGCCGGACUCGCGAAAAUAUGGGACGAGAAGGGCGAGCACGCCGCUGGUGAAGACGUUGAGGUCGCCCCCGGUAGUAUCGGCAUUGCACCGGAUGAAGUAUACGAGCGUACCCUGAGCUGGUGGAGAGUCGCUCUCAGGAAAAGGCUCGUUCGUAGUCUCGUCUGGGAGUCCAAGGUCAUCGCGGCUAUGCAGGAGCGUGUUCGCACGCCGUUCUUUGACAUGUAUUUCGUGAACACCUCAACGCUGGGCACACAUACAUUCUUCAUGACUAUGCUGCCGAGUCUCAUGUUCUUUGGAUACGGGGACAUUGCGCAUGGCCUCAUAUUUGUGCUCGCGCUCGGGGUUUAUGCCUCCUCAGUCAUAAAGGAUCUGAUGUGUUCUCCGAGGCCUUUCGCUCCGCCGGUGACCAGGAUCACUAUCAGCACACACCACUUGGAAUAUGGCUUUCCUUCGACGCACUCAACGAACAGUGUGUCCAUCGCGCUGUUUUUCUUCGCAAUUGUCCAUCGCCUCUAUAAGACGCCAGCAGCUGUACUGUCGCCUCCAGUUUCCCCUUCGAACCCACUCACGCUCAGUACAACGCACGUCGUUGAGGACACCUUACCCCAGGCUAUGAUUUCGACCACAGUCUAUGUUAUGUCCGUCAUCCUUCUGGUGAUCUACUGCUUUUCUAUUGUGUAUGGCCGGCUGUACACCGGGAUGCACAGCUUCGCCGACUGUGCAUUCGGUGUCUUUCUUGGGAGUGCAAUUUGGGGGUUGUAUGCACUUAUUGGCGAUAUACUCAACGAGUGGUUGCGAACCCCCGGCUGGUCUGUCCCCGUUGUCGUCAUCUCUACAGGCCUGUUCCUUGUCCACCGCCACCCUGAACCUGUGGAAGAUUGUCCAUGCUUCGAGGACGCGAUCGCAUUUAUGGCCGUCGUUAUGGGCGAGUUCCUGACGCAGUGGUACACGGCAAAUUACGGCUUUGACAAGGGUUUCUUCGUGCACAGCAUGCCUGGCAAGAUUACUGGUACGCCAUCCGAGAUGUGGGCCUGGUGGUCCAUAGCCGUCACAAAGACGGUCAUUGGCAUCUUGGCCAUCUUCGCGUGGCGCAUGUUUGCGAAGUUCUUGCUGCACCGGACCCUGCCGCCGACGUUCCGGUUCCUGGGACAACUCAUGACUCUCCCGCACCGCCGCUUCUACACGCCUGCAACGGACUACCAACGCGUGCCAUCAGAGAAGGGCCUGCACCCUAUUCCGUCCGUUCUCGACCUGCCAAGCAUGCUCGAACUCGAGGUGGAUGGCGUGAGCACCGCGCCUGCAGCGGGCAAGAGCAACAAGCAAGGGCUGAAACUGCGUGCAGGACGGGGCGGUAAGGCGGAGAAGGUGACUACGUCCGGACGUGAGGAGAUAGGGCUCGGUUUGGAAGAGCUUGGUGGGAAGGACGUCGAAGUGAAGCAUUAUGAUGCGGAUGUGCUCACGAAGGUGUUCGUGUAUUGCGGGAUUGGCAUCCUGUCGUCUGGUGUGAUGCCAGUCGUGUUCGAGGUGAUUGGGUGGGGACUCUAAGGCUUUGGAACGGCUUUUGUGGCUUAUUGUACCCGGAAGCUCCGACUAUCAUAUCCUAUCCAAUGUAAACACAACGCUAUGCAAGUUUUGG